GCGCGGUAAUUUGUGCGAGCAAUUCACUGAGAGCGAAUCUGCAAUUAUUUCGCUUUCGUGGUGACAAUUCCUUCAUAUCACGAAUUAGUCGCGUUUCUCGUGUGAUCAUGCAAUAAGCAAGAAAUCGUUUCAAAUUUUUGUGGAGAAGCGAUAUCCGUUGAAACUUGCGAAGAAAAUGCGUGUGGCCGUCGUAGGCGCCGGUGUAAUAGGAGUAUCAAGUGCGUUUGCGGUGAAAAGCGUUUUUCCAAGUUAUGAUGUGAAGAUCUUCGCUGAUGCAUUCUCACCUGACACCACUGGCGACGGAAGUGCUGGUUUAUGGACUCCUUUUCUCCUCGGUGACACACCUGCUGAAGACAUAACUCGAUGGGCUGGUAACACACAUCAGUGGUUCGAGCAAUUUUGGAAAGCCGGAUUAUCAUCAAAAACGGGUAUUUCUCUACUGCCUGUAACUUGUGUUACUAGUAAUUAUGAGGAUUACGUUGAGCCAAUAUGGGUAAAAUUUGUCUAUGGCUUCCAAAAAUUAAGUAACGAAAGAUUACAACGCUUAAAUGAAGAACACAAGUCCAAUUACAAACAAGGUAUACAAUAUAUAACUUAUACUGCCGAACCGGUUCUACUCCUGCCGUGGCUCAUGGAAAAGUUUGUUGCUUUGGGCGGAGAAGUGGAAAGAAGGAACAUUAAAAUGUUGCACCAAUUAGCAGAAGAAGGGUAUGAUUUAAUAAUAAACUGCAGCGGGCUCGGUGCACGAGAACUCGUCGCGGAUGAAACGAUGACGCCUAUUAGAGGUCAGGUGUACAGGGUAAAAGCACCUUGGGCAAUGCAUUGUUUUUUGGCGAAUGAUGAUGCCUCAUGCAAUUACAUUAUCCCUAACAUCUACAGCGUCGUAAUAGGUGGUACUCAUCAAGAAGGCGAUUUCGAUCGUUCCGUACGAGAGAAGGAUUCGAAACACAUUUAUGAUGGAUGUUGUCGCAUAAUGCCGUCUCUAAAGGGGAGUAAAAUAAUACGCGCGUGGGUGGGCCUUCGACCAGGACGACCGCGAGUUCGUCUGGAGUGCGAGAGCUUCAGUUCGUCCAUGGGAAAAGAGUUCAAGGUGAUACACAAUUACGGCCACGGUGGAAGUGGCGUGACGCUGUGCUGGGGGUGCGCCAUGGAUGUCGUGGAGAUGAUAAAAAACUUGAAAGUGCCUGAAUUAAACUCCAAACUAUGGAAAGCAGUAGCGGUCAUGAUCGUCGUCGAAUACAGCGACAAGCAUCCGGUGAUAUUGUGCGAUUCUAAAAACGGUAAUUUAAGAAACGAGAGCGUAACAAACGGUCAAAGCAUCAACGAGUCCGACAAGAAGCAAUCCUGCGAGUCGUCAUUUCAAAAUCAGAAAUAUAUCAGUCCCUCGGACUUAUCGCUUGCAUACGUCAGAAUAGGUGUUGCCAAGCAUGAUUUCGAGCAGCAUCACUGGAAGAUCACUACAGAUAAAGGUAAUAACACAGACGCAUUAUGCAAAGGAAGUGAUUCAAAGCAGCACAAAGAGAAUGUGGAAGAAGCGUCAAAGACCAGGAUUAAAAAAAGGCAAAGAUAUUUAACAAUCUGCACGGUAAAUUGCAAGUACGACGUGGUUAGACGUGUGGCCGUGCGAUUUGGGAUGAGGCAAGUUACGGAGGACAGCAGUUGGAAUCUCUAUUGGACCGACCUAAGCAUCAGUGUAGAGCGUGUCAAAGACAUGAAGAGGUUCCAGAGGGUCAAUCAUUUUCCCGGGAUGACAGAGAUAUGUAGAAAGGAUCUACUCGCUCGUAAUCUCAAUCGCAUGCAGAAGCUGUUUCCGAAGGACUAUAAUUUUUUCCCGAAAACUUGGUGCUUACCCGCGGAUCACGGUGACGCGAUGACUUAUUCCAAGGCACGGAGAUCGAAAACCUUCAUCAUCAAACCGGAUGCCGGCUGCCAAGGUCGUGGUAUUUAUUUAACAAAACAUUUAAAGGACAUCAAACCAAACGAACGUUUGAUCUGUCAAGUAUACAUCACAAGGCCCUUCUUAAUAGACGGAUACAAAUUUGAUCUACGUAUUUACACACUAAUCACGUCAUGUGAUCCUCUCAGAAUCUAUGUGUAUAACGAAGGACUCGUGAGAUUUGCAACCAGCAAAUACAAGGAACCGAUCGGAUAUAAUAUUUCUAAUAUGUUUAUGCAUUUGACAAAUUACUCCGUUAACAAGCAUAGUCGAAUGUAUGUUAUUGAUGAUGAAAUUGGUAGCAAAAGAAAAAUAUCAACAUUGAAUAAGUGGUUUCAAACGAAAAAUAUCGAUGUAGAUGAAUUAUGGAGUAAAAUCGACGAAAUUAUAAUUAAAACUAUAAUCGCCGCAUAUCCCGUAUUGAAACAUAAUUACCACACGUGCUUCUCAAUGCACAAUAUGACUUGCGCGUGUUUUGAGCUAUUGGGAUUCGACAUUUUGCUCGACUGGAAGCUCAAGCCUUACCUUCUUGAAGUAAAUCACUCGCCAAGCUUUCACACAGAUGCACAGAUAGAUAGAGACGUAAAGGAAGGAUUGCUGAUGGACACCUUCGAUAUAUUAAAUUUACAUCAAUACGAUAAGAAGAAAAUAAUAGAAGAAGACAGGAAGCGAAUCAAAGCGCGACUUCUUCAAGGCUUAAACGGAAAUGAUCUCAGUCAAAUUAAUGACUCGGCUUUGAUGAAAUCCGAUAGAAACGAGAACAAUUACAUGCAGAGGCAAUUUCAGUGGGAGGACGACCACAUGGGCAAUUUCCGAAGAAUUUAUCCAUGCUUUGACGAGGAUAAAUAUCAGUCUUUUUUCACACAGAAUGUCAUUUCCGUUUUCCAAGAUACGGUGGCGUCAAGAGCGCGCGAAGAAGCGUCGAGAAUAGAGAGAGAAGAGAACGAGCUAAAAGCAAAAGAGGAAGAACGCAAACGAAUAGUCGGGAAAUUGAGCGAGCAAAAAUUAGGCCCAGAAAGUUCAAACGCACCAAAAAAAUUGCAAGAGAAAAGUAAAUCCGCAAGCGUGAUAAGGAAAAACAUCAAUAAGCAGGAUGCAGAGGGAUCUCCUACCAACACCCUGCACUCUUUCGAGCCUGAAAUCAUAUCGGAGUCUGAAGAGAGGGAACGAAUAACGGCAUUGGCGCAGAGGGAUUUUCUCAUCAAGAGCUACGGCUUGCUCGAACAGAUAUACCUGGCGAUGAAGAGAAACGGUAUGUUACGACCCGCCGACGAGAGAAAGUACGGUUUGUACGCCAGGCUGGGAUUACAUGCAUACACAAACCCCAGCACAUGCUCUUCCUCGCACAAGUCUCAUCAUUAUCAAAACGACCAUCUGGAUAUCACGCAAGCAGCCGCGAACCAAUGUCCGCAAUGUUCCCUGAGAGUGAAUGAACACAAAUCGAUGAAUCAUCAGCGUGAGUUUAUGAAUUCAAAUAAAAGCUUAUGGAUAACAUGCAAUGAGGCGCUCGUUUACGUUCGUCCGAAAAUACCACAAAAAUUGUGGAUGGAAGAAAUGAAUUCUAAUAAUCACAUCGGACGCGUAACAAAAACACACGUUGCUAGAACAUUGUCGAAUACUGUUCGGCUACAUACGCUCGAGAGAAGAGAAUCCUCCCAUUUGACGAAAAAUUGAUGUUACCACUCAGCACCGAGGAUGAACGGGCCAUCUUCUCUAUCUGGAAUUUAAAAAAGCGAAGAAAUGUGCUAUAUAUAAAAAGAAUUAUUUUUUC